AACUGUAAUCGUUCCCAGCAGAACGGUACUUGCGAAAUUUGGUUUGACGAUCGUCCCAAAGGAGGCUCCGGAGCUCACUCCUUCCAGACAUUUGAUCGGUGGGUGUUCAUGGAGAGCGGCUCGCCGACUUGGCUCACUCGUCAUCUCCAAUGGCCAACUUUUCGUUCCCCUGUUCCGCUGUUUCCCGGCGCAACUGGCGGAACAUGUGGAUACCAAUCCGUGCGCCGCGUUCGGCUACUCUCACCGUAACUGGCAACAAUGAUGAGCAAAUUUUACAUUGCAAUGUAACCUCAUCAGGCUAAAACACGACUUCGUUGUGUUACUGAGUAAGACUGUGGGUGCGCAGCAAACUCCGGUUGGACUAAUUGAGCAUUCGUCUAGAUAAUUUCGAUUGCCGACACGCUUAGAUGUUUCGGCAAUGAUUUUGGGGAAACCCGCACACAGCAGCGAGCCACGGUGUACUGCCAAGAGAGAAGCGGCUAUUUACGACCAUUUACACAAGCUUCAAGCUACACGUAAAGUUGUACAGAUGCGUGACGUAUCAAGAGGGCUUGCGUAACGGCACGGGCCGCGAAUGGAAGCCGCUAUUUUUUAAGGUUAUGCGAUUGAUAUGUAGGCUAACCAAAAUACAACUGUCGUAUGUGGAAGCCACAUGGCCCGUAAUGAUAUAUGGAAACCUACUAAGUGCUUUCCUAAACAUACUAUCUCCAGUCGCAGUCUUGAUCAUACCUAUGUAUUCAUACUUUGAAGAAAAAACUGGUCGAGGAAGUGAUGUGGUGGGAUUUCUUUGCCAUUUCCUGAGUGUCACUGAUUUGGCCCGAUUCCACUCAAAAAUAACGCACCCAGAGAUAACAGUGCAUAGCCAAGUCACCAAGAGAUGCAACUUCGGCUGUCAGUGGGUCGCCUUCAGUAUAUACCAAUCCGAUUAAUAAUGUAAGAAUGUAAGUCGACAGUACUAACAAUUGCUUGACCUACCUAAAUAAUCCUUCCGUUCUGAUGAUCUAUUUCCGGAGAUAGUCAUUCCCGUCUCCUGGCUUUACAUCUAACAUCUUACAUACUUCCUGUAUCUCUUAUUGUGUGCUGAGAUCGGCAUUGCGUUCAGAAUGUUGUAGGCAGCUGACCAGCGGCAGACUUUAACGAAUGAAACUUGUUAUUCUUCAUGCGAUAGGUUACGUGUAAGCUCUCGAUUCGUCCCAGGACAAGUAUUGGGGAAAGUGAAUGCAGUGUUGGGCAGGUUGGCAAACGUUGGAAAACUGCCAAAGAAAGUCUGGGACGAUGUGAAACGCUUCAGCGUUCGAAGGAGGAUGUUAGCU